AUGGGUAGAGUUAUUCGUAACCAAAGAAAGGGUGCUGGUUCUAUCUUCACCUCACACACUAGAUUGAGACAAGGUGCUGCCAAGUUAAGAACCUUGGAUUACGCCGAACGUCAUGGUUACAUCCGUGGUGUCGUGAAGCAAAUUGUUCACGAUGCUGGUAGAGGUGCUCCAUUGGCUAAGGUUGUCUUCCGUGACCCAUACAAGUACAAGUUACGUGAAGAAAUCUUCAUUGCUAACGAAGGUGUCCACACCGGUCAAUUCAUUUACGCCGGUAAGAAGGCUUCUUUGAACGUCGGUAACAUCUUGCCAUUAGGUUCCGUUCCAGAAGGUACCAUUGUUUCCAACGUUGAAGAAAGACCAGGUGACAGAGGUGCUUUAGCUAGAGCUUCUGGUAACUACGUUAUCAUUAUUGGUCACAACCCAGAUGAAAACAAGACCAGAGUUAGAUUACCUUCCGGUGCUAAGAAGAUUAUCUCUUCCGAUGCCAGAGGUGUCAUUGGUGUUGUUGCUGGUGGUGGUAGAGUUGACAAGCCAUUGUUGAAGGCUGGUCGUGCUUUCCACAAGUACAGAUUAAAGAGAAACUCAUGGCCAAAGACUCGUGGUGUUGCCAUGAAUCCAGUUGACCAUCCUCACGGUGGUGGUAACCAUCAACAUAUUGGUAAGGCUUCUACCAUCUCUAGAGGUGCUGUUUCCGGUCAAAAGGCUGGUUUAAUUGCCGCCAGAAGAACCGGUUUAUUGCGUGGUUCUCAAAAGACUCAAGAUUAA